AACAAGAUGGCCGCCUCCGGGACUGUCUCCCGGUGACACGUUUCUCCAUCUCUGGGUCUCCCUUGGGGAGCCUUUCUCGCCAGCCGGAGUCAUGUCGUCCCCCGAGCUGAGAUAUAAUCGCUCUUCGAUGACUAACACUUUCCCUUUGGGGAAAAAGCUGCCAAGCGGCUUCUCCAGCGUCUCCUUCUUCCUCCAGCAGCUCUUCCACAAUGAUCCUUCGCUGGGUUUAGGCUUCGACGAAGCCGAGGAAGCCGAGGAAGAGGACAACGUGGAGGCUGAGGAGGAAUCAUCCGAGUCGGAAGAGGAGAUGCCCGUGGUGGAGAAUGAAUUUGAUGGAGUCCUCAGAGAAGAAGCAGUGGCUGAAGCACUCUGUAAAUUGGGCCGCUCAGGUCCUGGUACUGAGCAAGUCUACCUCAACCUAUCAUUACCAAACUCUGACUUAAUAGAUGUUUCCAUUCUUUGUGGAUAUUCUCACCUAGAGAACUUGGAACUGUCACACAAUAAAAUUAAUGAUCUGAGCUGUGUUAGUCACAUGCCUUAUCUCAUAGAACUAAAUGCUUCUUACAAUGAGUUGACUACUUUCUUCGGUUUCAAGCCACCUAAGAAUCUCAAGAAGGUGGAUUUUUCAUACAACAAAAUCCAGGAAAUGAAUGAUUUGCAUGCAUACCCAGGGCUCAGCAAACUAAUACUGGAUAACAAUGAAAUAAAGGAUAUCAAAGGACUAGAGAAUUGUAGAAAUCUAACUCAUCUUAGCUUGGCCAACAACAAAAUCACUAAAAUGGAGGGCUUAUGCAAUUUACCAAUCAAAAUACUCUGUCUGAGCAGUAACCAGAUUGAGGAAAUAACUUGCUUGGACAACCUGAAAACACUGCAGAACUUGGACUUAUCUGGAAAUAAAAUCAGUAGCUUACAAGGCAUAGAAAAUCAUGACCUUCUGGAAAUAAUCAACCUAGAGGAUAAUAAGAUUGCAGAGUUGAGUGAAAUAAAACACAUUGAAAACCUGCCACUUCUUCGGGUGCUCAAUCUUUUAAAAAACCCUCUUCAGGAGAAACCUGACUAUUGGCUCUUUGUCCUUUACACAUUGCCUCGACUAACAGAAUUAGAUCGGAAGAAGAUUAAAGUGGAACAAAAGGUUGAAGCAUUGAACAAGUACAACCCUCCCCCUGAAGUAGUUGCCGCUCAGGAUCAUCUGACCCACAUUGCAAACAGCAUGAUGCAGCCUCAGAGGAUCUUUGACAGCACCUUGCCUAGCCUGGAUGCUCCUUAUCCUAUGUUGGUAUUAGUUGGUCCACAAGCCGGAGGGAAACGUGAGCUUGCUCACCAACUUUGCAGGCAAUUCAGCACUUUCUUCAGACACGGUGCCUGUCAUACCACAAGACUGCCCUACUUUGGGGAAGGGGACCGAGUUGAUUAUCAUUUUGUUUCUCCUGAAGUUUUUGAUGAAAUGCGAUACUUGUUUCAGGGAAAAUUUAUUUUGACAUAUCAGUAUAACAAGGAUAAUUAUGGACUAAGUAGGGAUACUAUAGAAGGGAUUGCAAGAGAUGGUCUGGCAAGCUGUGUUCAUUUGGAAAUUGAGGGCGUGAGAAGUUUGAAACAUUCCUACUUUGAGCCUCGAUAUAUUCUGCUAGUGCCAAUGAACAAAGAAAAAUAUGAAGGGAAUUUGCGGAGAAUGGGGCUCUUUAGUCGUUCAGAGAUUGAAUUUUCUGUCUCGAGAGUUGAUUAUUAUGUUAGAAUAAAUCAAGAUAAUCCAGGUUACUUUGAUGCAUUGAUCAAUACAGAUGAUAUGAAUCUUGCAUACCAGAAACUGUGUGAGCUCAUUAGACAAUACCUUGCUUUGUCUGACCAUCUUGAUAGCAUCAUACCCGGCACUGAAGAUACUAACAAGGAGAUGCUUAACAGGAGAUCACCAGAAAAUGAAGAAUAUUUCUGGCACCUUUCUUCGAAUGCUCUUUUCAGUGACUUUCUGGACUCCACGGACAGAAAUUAUGUUAUUAGCUUAUCAGCCAAACUUUCAGCAGAAGAAAUACCAGCGGAAAUCAUUUCUAUGCAGAAACGGCGUGAGGCAGCUCGGCAGGCCCUAAUGGGAAAGGUUCCCCCAGAUUGCACUAUCCUGUUUCAAAGGGGUCCAGUACCAACCCCAUUGUCGACCAUUGCCCAUCUAGACCGAACUUCACCUACAAGGGUGUGGUCUAAAAACAGGUUUGCUGGGGACAGCAACCUUAUUCCCCCACCAUGCUUUUCUGAAGGAGUCAGUUACAGAGAAUCAUUUAUCAUGUCUAAAGCUCCUGCAUUAACAACAUUUGCUCAUUUUCCUAAAGAGGCGUCUCUCAUGACUGACAUCUCAAGUCCUAUAACAUCAGAUGUAUCAAAAGCUUUUCCUACAGUAGAAACAGCAAAAGAACAGUUAAUUAAACCUUCAUUUGAAUCAUCUGAGAGAAAGCUCAAAGUAAGACCCACCGGAUACCAAUCCACCAUCCAGCCAGGUUCCAACACCAAAGUCAUCCUCCCUCCCAUACCACAAUGCCGAAAAUAGGCCAGUACCGAAUGUCUGCCUUCAAGGAGAAAACAUUGCUUCGCUCAUGCCCAAGCCUUCUAUCUAACCUGGCUACUGAUUCUAACUUUAUCUUACACAGCCAGAUGCCUACAAAAGAAUGCUCCAUGUGCCUUUGGUACUCUCAAUCAGUCUCUUUAUAACUCUCUGAAUAGCUUCUGUCUUUUCAAAAGAAAAAUGUGAUUUAUUUUUAGCUUCAAAAAAUGACAUUUCAGUUUUCUCCAUAGCUAUAAAUGAUUUUCCCAGCUGUUUCUUGCUUUGAAAUGUCACAGAGAGCAGAAAUCUCCUAAGAUCCAUGUGAUGAUAUGUUCAUGGUGAUUUUAAAAUAUUUUUAGGACUACACUUGGGGGCCAGCCUUAAGACUUUCCACUUGUCCCCUUGAAAUAUUGGUAGAUAUUCUAUAAUGAAUUGUUGUCCUAUUUAGAUUAAGAAAGGAUUGGGGAAUUACAUAUUAUUUGUGGCUAACAUGCACCAGCUAUCUCUUUCAAAGGGAAUUAUCUUUUCAAAAAAAAUUUACAUUUAAAAGUAUGAAGUAUUAAUGUGAAUUUCUUCAAUAUGAUUUUUAUUUUAAGUUGUAACCAUUAUUCCCUUGAAUUGCUUCAACAAUAUUAGGAAAUAAAGAAAAUAAUGUUACUCCCUUCUGUUUCAAUUGGCUAAAUAUUGUGGUCUAGUAGAAAUGGUUUUCUGACCCAUGUUAAUCUUCAUGAUUAUUAGAAGCAGAGGGAAACCUUAUCUUUACAGAAAAAAAUCUAGGCAGUAACAGAGAUAUUUCAUUGGGUUUUAUUUUUCCAAAUGUCUUCUAAAAAUUGUUUUUGAAUCACAACCCUUGUUCCUUUUGUGUUCUUGAUUAGAGACCAUCCACUUAAGAGUUGGUACCCUAUUUCACUUAGAUUUGAAGCUCAAUGGCAUGGAUCUUUCUGGGCUUUGUAAGACAGAUUAUGUUGUUAUCAGUAUACAAGUUUUCAUAACAUUUUUAACUUCUCCCCACACUUAGAUUAAACUGUAUGAGUCCUGACCAAAAUUCUCAGUAGGAUCCAUUUUAUUAACUUUGCUCAUCAUCAUUAAAUCAAAUUAUUAAUAGAGAAAUCAUGGUAAUGGUGCUGGCCUUCAGCCAAGAAGACCGAAGUUCAAGUUCAGUUUAGGACACAGACUAGCUUUGUGACCCUGGGCAGGCGAAUUUCAGUGUCCCAGGCAGUGCAUUAAAAGUCGCAAAAUUUUUGGCAAACAACUUCAGUUGCCAAUCUGAAGUAGUAGAGAACUUCCCUAUCUUAACAAAGCCAUAGGGCCAUCCCCACAGGUGCAUAUUACAGUAGUUCUAGUGUAAUUUUAUAUCUCAUGCUUGGCUACAUUUUCCUAUUGAUGCAAGUAGUGACAAAUAACAAAGAAUUUCAAGAAUUCAGCCUGUGAAUAAUUGCUUCAGUUAAAAUAAAAUUGGCUGAUGUGACAUUCUAUCAAUUGAAAAUCUAUUAAACAGCAUUUCCCAUAUUUCACCAACACCAUAAAAAUUGAUGUUCAUGAUGAUGUCCCCAAGGCACAGCAAGCUUCUGGAGGACCUUCACAAAGCACAUUUGGGCCCAAUACAAAGAAAACAUAUCCUAGCAAUUAAAGCUGUCUCAACAUGGAAUGAACUACCUUGUAAAGUAGUAACUUCCCUUUCACAGAAGAUCUUCAAGUUAGGGUUGGAUGGCCACUUAUUGGAAACAUAAAUGGGUAGAGAUUAGACCUUUAAUUUCCCACA